UAUUAUACAAGUGCUUUAUGAAUUCUCAUCAAGCUGCGCACCAAUCGCGUAUUCCAGAACAACAGAGCAUCGGGCAAACACUCCCACCGGUGCCUGUAGGUGUCGACACCUUGAAUGCACCCCCACUUCCAUUUGGUGCCAUGCCCAUGGGCACACAUCUUCAAGUGGGUCGAUACCAAGUCGUCAUCCACAACUUUAUUGCUGAAGGUGGUUUUGCUCAUGUCUAUCUGGCCCGAAUUGAGGGCAAAACUGGAUUCGUUGUCCUUAAACGAGUAGCCGUACCAGAUACAGAAGCACUUAAGACAGUUGAAAAGGAGAUUGCAUUUAUGCGGCGAUUGGGUGAACACAAGAACAUUACUCGAUACUACGAAUCACGCAUUGAUGUGAUGCCCAUGGGUGGAUUCGAAGCCUUGAUUCUGAUGGAGUAUUGCCCCGGCGGAGGAGUAAUUGACCUGAUGAACAGACGACUACAGCAACGUCUAACGGAGCCUGAAAUUAUAAAGAUAUUUAGCGAUGUUUGCGAAGCUUUAGCAUAUAUGCACUAUUGUACUCCACCAGUCCUUCACCGAGAUCUCAAGGUAGAGAACAUAUUGAUCUUGUCGCAGGACCAUUACAAGCUGUGUGACUUUGGGUCGGCUGCACUUUCAAGGGGUAAUUAUGUACCGACCACAAUUGGAGAAGUACAGCGACUAGAAGAGGAUAUACAGAGGCACACGACACUACAAUAUCGUGCACCAGAAAUGAUAGAUAUUUACCAGAAACGCCCAAUCAAUGAAAAGGCCGACAUUUGGGCAUUGGGUGUAUUAUUAUAUAAGCUGUGCUAUUACACGACUCCAUUCGAGGAGCAAGGUCAGUUGGCCACUCUCAAUGCGCGCUACACUAUACCAUCCCAGCCCGCCUUUUCGGACAAGAUGCGCCGUCUCAUUUGCUCCAUGCUCCAGGAAGACCAAAAUCACCGGCCUAACAUCUAUCAAGUUAUGAAUUCGGUGUGUAGGAUGAGAGGUAUUGAAUGCCCCAUUCGCAAUAUCUAUGGGGAGCCAGCCUCGCCACCUCAUCCACCCGCAAAACCAACUAAUGGUUCAGCCGCACUGUUCGAAUCAAUUCACACACAGCCCGAAAUACCCUCCAUCACCCCUAUGCGACGAGGAAGACCCACACGCAAUGAAAAUACCUCAGAUCCUUUUGAUCCCGCCAAGUCAAAUGUAUCGCCUGGACAAGCAUCCAACUCUGCGCAGACAAACAAUAAUAGUUACACCAGUAGUUCCAGGACAGCUCAUCAUCAACACAGUGUGUCUUUAGGGUUUGAAUCAGAUUUCAAGCCUUCGGCUGCCGUACUCUCUACUCCUCCACAAAAUCCUACCAGCACAAGAAACACAAACGAAGUACCAAAGGAUAACCUAAAUGAUGCAUUCAAUGUGACCAGCAACAGCUCUUCAUUCAGAGGACAUUCUCCUGCAAAAUCAGAUACUCCCUUUUCAUCGACACCAACUGAUUCACCUCGCAAAUACUCUCCUGCCAAAGACCCAUCCUCUUCUCCACCAAAAGGAUCACCUGCAUCCAUCAAUAGUUUGCCAGUGAAAAUCACACCAAAACCAAGUAAAAGCAUGGGUGCAGUACCCAGCAACAAAACUAGUGACACAAAUGAGAAUUUUAAAGAUACAUCUGUCAGGCACACUGUGACCGCAAAUAUCGAAGCUCGCCUACAAGCCUUCAAAGGAAACACACAACAACAGCAACAGGAACAACAACAGCCACCACCACCAUCACCACCGCCCGCCCGUAUUGAAGAAACCAAUGUUCCUUUCCGACCCAAACCUCCCCCAAAGCCUGCUCGCUUCCGUACCGCCCGUUUACCAGAUGAACCUUCUCUAACAGAAUUUGAAGGGAAAUUCCCAAGUGUAGAAGAACUUUCUAAACAAUUACCCGUCAAUUCGAAAUCAUAAAAUCAUAAAAUCAUAAAUCAUAAAUUGUCUUUUCUUCUUC